AAAAACGGGCCGCUCGUGAUGAAGAUCAAGAAGAGCCGGAGGCUGAAAGCCAACAACCGGGAGAGAAACCGCAUGCACCACCUCAACUCCGCCCUGGACGCCCUCCGGGAGGUGCUGCCCACCUUCCCCGAGGAUGCCAAGCUCACCAAGAUCGAGACCCUGCGCUUUGCCCACAACUACAUCUGGGCGCUGUCAGAGACCCUCCGACUGGCCGAUCAACUGCACGGAUGUACCGAGCCGGCCAUGCUGAUCCAAGACUCUUCAUCCCCCAGCACAUCCUCCUCCUGGAGCUACUCCUCAUCCCCAUCCUCCUCCUGCGGCUCCCUCUCCCCUGCCAGCCCUGCCACAUCUACCUCGGACAUCCUAGACUACUGGCAGCCGGCUGAUCGCCACCUGAGCCAGCAGCACCAUCUCCUUCUGCCAGCCAGCAUGACUUUUCUCUGA